GCCUUGUGUUGCAAAGCGCCCGGCUGCGCCCAUACUGAGCGUCCGCUCGUUUAUUAAGUGAGAAUAAAAGGGAAAGGAGCAAAGGGGCUUGGUGUGAGAAUGUCCCCCGCCGUGCUGCUGCUGACUCUCCUGCUGGGCACCCUGGGAGUAUGUGCCGCGCCGCUGGAUAAAGCAGAGCACCCUGAAGAGAUGGUAACACGGUGUAUAGUGGAAGUGCUAUCCAAUGCUUUGGCAAAACCGAAUGCGCCGCCAAUUGACCCAGAAUGCAGAGAAAUCCUGAAGAAAAGCAGCAGACACAAUCAGGAUGAAAACGAGAAUGAUGUUAGGCAAUAUGAAACCAUAAACCUGAAGAAUGUGCCCAGUACUGAUGGGCUCCAUCAUAAAGCCGGCGAAGAAGCCAUAUCCGACACUCAUAGAACCAAAAUUCCAGAGGAAGUAGAGAAAUGGCACCACGAAGAGAGUGAAAGCCAAGAAGAAAAUGAGAAAAGAGAGACGCAGCAUGUUCAAGACAAUGAAGAAGACACAGGACAUUCCAAAGAAAGAGACUUUGUAGAUGAAGAAGUAGAACGAAUACAUCACAAAGAGCAUAUUCAGAGUCAAGAAGUAAGUAAAGAAGAUAGAGAACAAGCUGAAACCUCACAAGAAAAAAGGCACGACAUUACUGAUGAAAAACUCCAUGAAACAGCCAAAAGUUUAGAAGAGGCUUCUGACGAAGAGGUAAGGAAUCUAGAAGACAUUAUGAAGAGACAUCACGACAACUGGAGAGAUCACAAUACUAAACCUGAGAAACAUCAUUUGAGCCAUUCCUACGAAGAAUCCAAUGAAAGUGAAGAUGGAGAAGAGAGACGUUACAAGUCAAAUCAUGACACGUUUGGACAAAGAUUUCUUGGCUAUGAGGAAAAGAGAAGUCAUCAUACAAAUAAAAUAGAUUCCAGUGAACAAACCGAGGGUGAAGAGAAAAGGCAUAGUGCUCUAAAUGCUUUCGAGGACCGUGUGAAGAAGAAUUAUUAUGAUACAAAAGGCCACAAUGACAUUCAAAGUUCAGACGAAUCAAAGGAGACGAUUCAUUUGCACAGAGGAAGUGAAGAGGUUAGAGAACAAGGUUAUGACAGCGAAGAAAACAGUAAAGAAUCUAAAAGACAUCACAAUAAAGAAGAGGAAAGGCAUCAUGAGGAAAAAAAGCACUGGCCAAUGGACCAAAGUGAGGAAGAGAAGUUUAAUUAUGAGCACAGCCCUGAGGACAGUGAAGAAAGUGAGGAAGAUAUUGAGAAGCGGCAUGCCAAGGACAGGAAACUAAAGGAGGAACUCUUUGAGAAACUGAGGCACCACCUGCUAGAUGGCUCCGAAGAACAACCAUAUAACCAUGAGGGACCAGCAGAAGAUAAGAAACGUUAUGUGAGCGAAGCAAUGGGUGAAAUGAAAAGAAACUACCCAGAGCGAAACGAAGAGGAAAAAAAUCAACGUUACAAUGAUGAAAUGACAAACCAUCACUAUGGCAACAAUAAAGAGGAUUUUGAGGAGUCAAAUUUCUUUGACAAUGAAAAAUACAAAAGACCACCCUGAAUAUGAAAGAAGAAUAAA